AUGAGCGGGGUGCUGUCAGGGGUAACCACAUCUGUCAACCGUUCUUGGCCAAUAAAGAGCGGAGCGAGGCGGACCACAGGUGCGCGCCUCUGCGUCCCCUUGGCACAGCGCCCGGGAGAUGCUGGAGAGAGACGCCGAGCUGCCCCGUGGCGCAAAAGAGUUCCUGUCAAAGGCAGCCUCCUUUUAACUCCACGCAUCACUCCGGCUCGGAUAGUUAUGGCGACCGCAACGUCCAACCACUACAGCGUCCUCAGCACCCCCAGCAGCGCGCCGCCGCCGCACUCGGAGUCCGGGAGCAUGCAGCAGGCGGCAGCGUACAGGGACGCGCACACCCUGCUCCAGAACGACUACAGCACGUUACCGGGCGGUGGACAUCCGCUCAGCCACGCGCACCAGUGGAUAACGGCGCUGUCUCACGGUGACAGCGGGGCGCCGUGGCCGUCGAGUCCCCUCGGAGAGCAGGACGUGAAGCCCGUGCUGCAUGACAGUGACCGAGAGGAGCUGCAGAACUCCAGCAGUCUGCAGCAGCAGCAGCAGCAGCAGCAGCAACAGCGACACCCUCACCUCGCGCACCAGCAGGCGCAUCACGACGCCAGAGCAUGGCGAACCAGCACAGCCAGCACGCACAUCUCCGCCAUGGCGACGUCUGAGGGCCAGAGCCUGGUCUACUCCCAGUCCGGCUUCGGGCUGAUGCCGGGGGGAGAGCAAGGGGGGAUGCACCACCACCCCCUGCGGGACGAGGACCACCACAGCCACAGCCCGCACCUCAGCGAGCACGGAGGCGGCCCCGGGGCCCACCAGCAGUCUCUGUCCCACCACCACCAGCACGGGGGCCACCAGGACCAGUCGGACGAGGACACGCCGACCUCGGACGAGUUGGAGCAGUUCGCCAAGCAGUUCAAGCAGCGGCGGAUCAAGCUGGGCUUCACGCAGGCGGACGUGGGUCUGGCGCUCGGGACGCUGUACGGGAACGUUUUUUCUCAGACCACCAUUUGCAGGUUCGAGGCGCUUCAGCUGAGCUUCAAAAACAUGUGCAAACUCAAGCCGCUGUUGAACAAGUGGCUGGAGGAGGCGGACUCCACGUCGGGGAGCCCCACCAGCCUGGAUAAGAUCGCGGCACAAGGACGCAAAAGGAAAAAGCGGACCUCCAUCGAGGUGGGCGUCAAAGGCGCUCUGGAGAGCCAUUUUCUCAAAUGUCCAAAACCGGGAGCGGCGGAGAUCAACUCGCUGGCGGACAGUCUGCAGCUGGAGAAGGAGGUGGUCCGGGUCUGGUUCUGCAACCGGCGGCAGAAGGAGAAGCGGAUGACGCCGGCCGGGGGACAGAUCCCGGGAGGAGAGGACAUGUACGGGGACACCCCUCCGCACCACGGAGGACAGACUCCGGUGCAGUGA